AUAAGACAUAUGCUCUAUGGCAUUGACUAGUCUUCAGGACAUUCGUCUCGUCGGCCAGAUUUCAACGAUGAACCCGCUUGUGAUAGUCACGCUUCUUGCUAUCAGCACCGGUGCAUGGGCAGCGUCAUACACCUGCCAUGGUGACGUCAGACGACUCCACCCCACCGGUGAACACAAUGGAGGUGUCGCUGCAUCCAACCAUGACGUAGAUUACGAUUUGCAUGACCUGAACAACAAGAAAUCUUGUUACUACGCAUCAGGCGCGGCGCACUGUAUCCAGCCGUCGGUAAUUGCUGCCUUGGCCAGUCGGGAAUCACGUGGAGGACGUCUUCUGACGUCAACAGGAGGAUGGGGAGACCAUCACCAUGCUUACGGUAUAUUACAGUGUGACAUCCGCUACCACUCCUGCCAGAAGUAUGCUUGGGACAGCUGUGAACACAUCGAACAAAUGGUCAGCGAGGUUCUUGUUCCCUACGUCAACCAGGUGGCGCAUAAGCACCCCACGUGGUCUCGGGAUCAGCAGCUACAAGGUGGUAUCGCUGCCUACAACUCAGGAGUUAGCAACGUCCAGACCUGGGCCCACCUUGACGUUGGCACAACCGGAAAUGACUACAGCAAUGACGUAGUUGCGCGUGCUAAACACCUUAUCGCAAGUCACAACUGGCAUUAAAAUGUCGUGAAGCACGAGGGAAUGACAGGAAAAUUAUUCAUGCUGAUUUCAGGAUUUUGGCAUUGAUAUUCGAAGAAAGAUAGUUAAUAUUAUGGUGAAUAAAUUAUCGUUAUAAG